AUGGGCAUCAAAGAUCUGCUUAGAUUCAUGAAACCCUAUAUUGAACCCAUUCACAUUGAAAAAUACGCCGGCCAAAGGGUUGGAAUUGAUGCGUAUUCAUGGCUUCACAAAGGAGCUUAUUCUUGUAGUAUGGAGCUAAGUCUAAACACAGAGGGUCAGAAGAAAUUUCAGUACUUGAACUAUUUUAUGCACCGGAUUUAUCUACUUCGCCACUAUAAGGUUACUCCUGUUGUUGUUUUUGAUGGAGGAAGUAUGCCCUGCAAGGCAGCUACACAGGACGAAAGGGAAAGGAGAAGAAAAGAAAAUCGUGACUUAGCCAUGGAGAAGCUUAAGGAAGGAAAUGUUUCAGCUGCAACUGAGCUAUUUCAGAGGGCAGUGAGUAUCACACCAUUCAUGGCACACCAGUUGAUUCAGAUUUUAAGAUCAGAGGAUGUUGAGUUUUUAGUAGCUCCAUACGAGGCCGAUGCACAAUUGGCAUAUUUGUCCAGCCUUGAAACAGAAAAAGGUGGAAUCCAGGCCGUUAUAUCAGAGGAUAGUGACUUGCUAGCCUAUGGAUGCCCUUCUGUCAUCUUUAAAAUGGACCGAUUUGGGAAUGGCGAAGAGAUAAUUCUAGAAAAGGCUUUCAGUUCCACUGAUCGUGUUCCCUCUUUCAGGAAUUUUGAUAAGGAAUUAUUUACAGGUAUGUGCGUCUUGGCUGGCUGUGAUUUCCUUCCCUCAAUUCCUGGAAUUGGAAUUGCUAGAGCUCAUGGUUUGGUUUCUAAGUAUCGGAACUUAGAUCGUGUACUUUCCAUUUUAAAGUUGGAGAAAAAAAGUAAAAUUCCUGAAAGUUACUCAAAAUGCUUUAAAGAAUCAGUAGCAGUUUUCAAGCAUGCUCGUGUAUAUGAUGGUUCGUUGAAGCUGCUGAAACACAUGAAUCCCAUACCGGAUGAGCUUUUGGAAUGUUUCAAUGAAGGACUUGACUUCUUAGGGCCAGAAAUGCCUCCUUCAAUGGUUACAGGUAUUGCUCAUGGAGAUCUCCAUCCCGGCACACUGGAGGCUUUUAAUGAAUCUCCAGAUUCUGGUCAUGUAAAUCUCACCAACAAAUUCAGAGCUGAUAGGUUGGAGAGAAAAGAGAAGCCUACUCUAUCUUCACAAGAAGGCUGCUUUGCUAAGCAGAUCUCUUCUCUUGCAGAAGUGACGCAUGUAAAUGGAGCUCUUGAGCUUGAAAAGCUAAUGCUACCUUUGGACAAUGAACCAGAGAAAGAAUACGGAACAAUUCAAAAAGAAGACCUGAAGCUUCCGGAUAACAACCCUUUCAGGAAAAGGAAAAGGGAAGAAAUUCAGCUAGAGGAGACAGAAAGCACAGUUGAACAAGUCUCAGUGUUGACUGAAGUUGAAACAUCAGAAGUUAUUCGUGCGACUCCAGAUUCCCAGCAGAGUGUGGAAUCUAAGCCAAUAAAUCUUACCAAUAAGCACAUACAAGCACGGAAUGUGAAGAAGGUGAAACAAAAUAAUUCCCUUUGUACAGUUCAAAAGAACGGUAGCAUCUUAAACUUCUUUUCUCGAGUAUGA